AUUUUCAUCCCCCACCCCCUUUUUGCCUUUAUUUGCGUAUAUCUCAAGUAGACUUUUCUCCAUUUUGUUCCUUUCUUUACUGGAAUCUGGAAUGUUCAUCUCUGUGUGGUUUUAGUAUAUAACCGACAAGAUCUAUCACUGUUUUGGGUUCUCUCUGUUUUUUGCCCUUUAUUUUCCUAUUGUCAGGACCGAAGAGUAAUAGAGGGCAUGUGGGGAAAAGAAUACAUUUUUUCUUUGUCAUCUAAUUCUUUGUGGUGCAAGUGAUUUGGGUACUUCUUCAACUGAUCAGUGUUUCAUUUACUCACCUGCAAAUUGUUUGUUGUGAGUUCCCUGACACAUGAUGUUAUUUGUUUCUUCAGUUUACUGGGCAAAAAUUGCCAAACCACAGGCAGUUAACAUAACACAUUAUGGGUUGGAUCAGCAAUCUUCUCAAUGGCUCCAACCAAAAAAUAUCAAAAGGGCAAUAUUUUGGGAAGCAUGGGGACGACAAAAUUUGGGAUGGCCCUUCAACUAUGGAUGCGUGGCCUGAUUUUGAGAAUGAAGAUAUUGACCGUGCUAUAGCACAAUCCUAUUCAGAAGAAGAUCAGAAAGGGAAAAAAGUAAUUGAUAAUGAAUCUCAAUUGGAAGAAGAUGAACAACUUGCCAAGGCGAUUCAAGAAAGUUUGUAUAUGACUUCUCCACCACGAUAUGAUUAUGGAAAUUUGUUUACACCCUAUCCGUACUAUCCAUCUGGGUACAGGAUCUGUGCUGGUUGCAAUGCUGAAAUUGGUCAUGGAAGAAUUUUGAGUUGCAUGGGAGCUGUUUGGCAUCCAGAAUGUUUCCGUUGUCAUGUUUGCGAUCUACCUAUUUCUGAACAUGAGUUUUCUGUGUCCGAGAAUCUCCCUUACCACAAAUCCUGCUACAAGGAGAAGCAUCACCCAAGAUGUGAUGUUUGCAAGUACUUUAUCCCAACAAAUGCAGCUGGUCUCAUAGAGUAUAGAGCACAUUCUUUUUGGCAACAAAAAUACUGCCCUUCACAUGAGCGUGAUGGAACACCUAGGUGCUGUAGCUGUGAAAGAAUGGAGGCAAGGGACACGAGAUAUUUAGUGCUUGAUGAUGGUCGAAAGCUGUGCUUGGAGUGUCUGGACUCUACAAUAAUGGAAACACAUGAAUGCCAACCUCUUUACCUCGAAAUACAAGAUUUUUACGAGGGUUUAAAUAUGAAAGUGGAACAGCAAAUUCCGUUACUCUUGGUCGAGAGGCAGGCUCUAAAUGAAGCCAUGGAAGGAGAAAAAAAUGGUCAUCAUCACUUGCCUGAAACGAGAGGACUUUGCUUGUCAGAGGAACAAACCGUCAGCACUAUUUUAAGGAGGCCAAGGAUUGGGGGAUCCCGGAUUACAGACAUGUUUACAGAACCUUAUAGGCUAGUUCGUCGAUGUGAAGUGACAGCUAUCCUAAUUUUGUAUGGUCUCCCUAGGCUGUUGACGGGGUCAAUCCUAGCUCACGAGAUGAUGCACGCAUGGCUACGGCUCAAAGGUUACCCCAAUCUAAGUCCUGAUGUUGAAGAAGGUAUCUGCCAAGUGUUAGCUCAUAUGUGGUUGGUUUCUGAGGUCGUGGCUGGCUCUGCAAGCAAUGUUGCUUCAACUUCAUUGUCGUCGUCGUCGUCAUCUUCCUCUGUUCCUGCAUCAUCAAAGAAGGGUAAACGUUCAGAUUUUGAGAAGAAACUUGGUGAGUUUUUCAAACACCAAAUAGAGUCAGAUACUUCAGCAGCUUAUGGAGAAGGGUUCAGAGCAGGCAAUGAAGCAGUGAACAAGUACGGCCUCAAGAGGACCCUUGACCAUAUUCGGCUGACGACAAAAUUUCCUCUCUGAAAUGAGUAAAUUCUCUGCUUGGUCAGUUGACCAUGUCAUAUUAGUUCUGUUGGAGUAGGACCCAAAAAACCAAUCACAGUAAGCAACAAAAUGCCCACAUUCUAUGUGGAACUGAUGUAAUCCUACACAUAAUUUAAUACUUGUCAAUAUCUAGUCGAAAAUAAUGAAUGAAUACAGUGAAUAUAUGUGGACA